GGGUCACCACAACAUGAGGAACUGUAUUAAAGGGUCGCGGCAUUAGGAAGGUUGAGAACCACUGGAUUAGGCCAUAAGGUUUCAGAGGUGUGGGCAGAGGAGCUGAGAGUGGGCGAAGGAAAGAGGGUUUGGGAUUUUUCCUGUAGAAACUGGAUUUUGUGUGAGAAGCUCUAAAGUUAGCGGGUAGGAAAACUAAACUUUAAGUCUCCAGAUGUGGAGAGGUUAGUGUGCUCCUGGAGGACACUAGGGAGCAGGGUAUGGUGCUGUCCUCAGGAGCUUGGGAGAGGAAAGGGUAUGGGCGAGAAGGCAGGUAGGAAAAUGCAAGUUACAGGGGAAAAGAAGAGUGAGAGGAACUGAAAAUUGAAUAAUGGUGGCUGACACAGAACAGUGAAGUUGCAAGCAAGGCAAUGUCUUACUACCUCAACUCAGAAAACCACCUGGACCCAGGGCCCAUCUAUGUGCGAGAGAAUGGGCAGCUGCACAUGGUCAAUCUGGCAUUGGAUGGCGUCAGGAGUAGCCUGCAGAAGCCAAGGCCUUUCAGACUGUUUCCCAAAGGCUUUUCUGUGGAGCUUUGCAUGAACAGGGAAGAUGAUACUGCACAGAAAGAGAAGACCGAUCAUUUCAUCUUCACAUACACUCGGGAGGGGAACCUUCGGUACUCUGCCAAAUCCCUCUUCAGCUUGGUCCUGGGCUUCAUCUCCGACAAUGUUGAUCACAUUGAUUCCCUUAUUGGCUUUCCUGAGCAGAUUGCUGAAAAGCUGUUCUCUGCUGCUGAAGCCAGACAGAAAUUCACAGAGCCUGGUGCAGGGCUAAGAGCUUUACAGAAAUUCACAGAGGCCUAUGGAAGUCUGGUGCUUUGCUCCCUGUGUUUGAGAAACAGGUAUCUGGUGAUUUCAGAAAAACUUGAGGAGAUUAAGUCUUUCCGGGAGUUGACCUGCCUGGAUCUUUCCUGUUGCAAGCUUGGAGAUGAACAUGAACUCCUAGAACAUCUCACCAAUGAGGCCCUAUCUAGUGUAACUCAACUCCACUUGAAGGAUAAUUGUUUAUCUGAUGCCGGGGUACGGAAAAUGACAGCACCAGUUCGAGUGAUGAAAAGAGGCCUUGAAAAUCUAACAUUAUUAGACUUAUCUUGUAACCCUGAGAUCACAGAUGCAGGAAUUGGAUACCUCUUUUCUUUUAGAAAACUAAACUGCUUAGAUAUCUCUGGGACAGGGCUCAAGGACAUCAAAGCUGUCAAACACAAGCUCCAGACCCACAUAGGCCUUGUCCACUCUAAAGUGCCUCUGAAGGAAUUUGAUCACAGUAACUGUAAGACCGAGGGCUGGGCUGACCAGAUUGUUCUGCAGUGGGAGCGUGUGACUUCGGAAGCUGUGAAGCCACGAGAUGCCUUGGAACCUCGAAAGGCAGCUCAGCACUUCUAUGGGAAGCGGGCUCAAACAGAAACCCCAGGGAAGUGUCCCCUGGCAGACACGCACAUGAACUCUUCUGAGAAACUCCAGUUCUAUAGAGAGAAAGCCCCAGACUGCCAUGGGCCAUUGUUGAAACUCGAAGCUGUCUCAAGCCAGGAGUCAAAGAAGAGCAAGAAGAGAGGUUUUGAGGAGCCAGAAAAGGAACAGAGUAACUCUUCACAGUCUUCAAAGCAAAAAUAUGUGUGUCUUGCUGUGGAAGACUGGGACCUGUUAAACUCCUAUUGAUUGGCAGAUAAAAGUUGACCUCCCCCCGCCCCAUCUCUAAUGUAUGAGGAAAGGGGCUGAUGUUUUCCUCUUUGUUUGAAUUUACCUAUGACAUUAGCAUAGCAAGCAGAUAUUUCUACUUUUGUGGUGGGGGAGGGGAAUGCUAUGGAAGUAUGUAAUAAUUUCUAAUGUAUAUUUUCAAUACAUAGUAAUUUUUUCAAAUAAACGUUUUUGCUCUCCUUAA